AUGGCCUUGUUUCGAGACAUGGAAGAAAGUGGACUGCAUCCUGAUAUUGUGGUUUACAACAUCCUCAUUGAUGGUUUGUGCAGAGCUGGAAGCAUUAAAGAUGCAAGGGAACUCUUUUAUAGUCUUCUUUCCAAAAGGUUGCAACCUGAUGUUCGCACAUAUAGUAUUGUGAUCAAUGGACUUUGUAAGGAAUGGUUGUUAACUGAAGCAAACAUGCUGCUCAAGAAAAUGGAAGAGAGUGGUUGUUCAGCAGAUGGUUGCGCUUACAACAUAAUUGUGCAGGGAUUUCUUCGAAACAAUGAGACGUUAAGGGCAAUGCAACUUCUUCAAGAAAUGGUUGAGAAAGGAUUCUCUAUCGAUGCAUGUAUUAUGACCCUUUUAUUGAAUUUAUCAAAUAAUAGUGGAUUGGAUCAGUCAGUUUUGGAGAUACUCAAUAAGUUUCUGUGA